GACGACUUUUGGCCACCAGAAAUAUCUCAAAGGCAUAAAAACGAAACUGCCUCGUCUCAAGCAUUUUUGGGAUCAUUAGUCGAGUUUUGGUCAACCAUGAACAUGAAUCAAGUUUUAGAGUAUGUCGAAACUGAUCCUACAGGUCGCUACGGACGUUUUGCAGAAGUUCUUGGAAGGGGAGCGAUGAAGACAGUGUACAAAGCAAUCGAUGAGAUGCUGGGAAUAGAAGUAGCGUGGAGCCAGGUGAAGCUAAAAGAGGUUCUGCGUUCCUCUGUUGAUCUACAGAGGCUCUACUCCGAGGUUCAUCUUCUCAGCACUCUCAACCACAAAUCUAUCAUUCGUUUCUACACUUCUUGGAUCGAUGUUCAUUCCCAUACUCUCAACUUCAUCACCGAGCUAUUCACUUCUGGGACCCUCCGACAAUACAAAAAUAAGUACUUGCGGAUAGAUAUCCGAGCGAUCAAGUCCUGGGCUCGGCAGAUCUUGGAAGGGCUUGUUUAUCUCCACGGGCACGACCCUCCUGUAAUUCAUAGAGACCUUAAGUGUGAUAACAUCUUUGUUAAUGGCCAUCUUGGGCAAGUCAAAAUUGGCGAUCUUGGUCUUGCAAGGAUGCUGCGGGACUGCCACUCUGCCCAUAGUGUCAUCGGCACUCCCGAGUUCAUGGCUCCAGAAUUAUAUGAAGAGAACUAUAAUGAACUCAUUGACGUUUAUUCCUUUGGUAUGUGCUUUCUGGAGAUGAUCACCUCUGAGUUUCCGUAUAGUGAGUGCAACAAUUCGGUGCAGAUUUACAAGAAAGUUAGUGCGGGAAAGCUACCAGGAGCCUUUUACAGGGUUGCAGACGUCGAGGCACAGAGGUUCAUCGGGAAAUGCCUUGUGCCUGCCUCAAAGAGAGUAUCAGCAGAAGAACUGUUGCAAGAUCCAUUUCUCGCGUCUGAUGAGUCUUGGAUGGUGUACGCGAGAGGUGGGGGGAAUCCAAUGCCCUUCUUGAAUGAGAAUGAAAUGGACACACUAACGUUGGAAGAGGAGGAUGAGUUAGGAAGGACCCAGAUGACAAUCAAGGGGAAGCUGAACGCUGAAGAUAACACAAUCCAUCUGAAUGUACUAAUCGCUGAUGAAAAUGAAUGGGACCCAGUCGAGAUUGCAAAAAUGAUUGAUGGAGAGAUCUCUUCUUUGGUGCCUGGUUGGAUUUACGAGGAAGAUGAUGAAACCCCUCAUGAUUAUCAUACCACUCAUUAUCACUCUUCUUCAUCGCCUUCAUCAUCCUCUCAAGCUUCACUCGCUAACUAUAUGGCAAGAGGCCGUCAAGAUUGGCUACAAGAUGAUUUUCACGAUGAGACGCAUUCUCAAAGUUCUUCCAAUUCAGGGUCUUACUCCAACCUCAACUACAUAUCUGUUGAUGAGCACAGCUCCCAAACUCCUGUUACGACCAGAGCUCACAACGUGACGAGGUUUUUCCCCGGAGAAAGCUCUCAUCCACAGCCAGGACAAGGCAACAUGUAUGCGGCUUCCAGUUCGAGACACAGGAGACUGGCUUCAGACAACCGGUCACUUACAAGGAACCGAUCGCUUGUAGACGUGCAGAGCCAGUUACAGCAGCGGUCGCUGGUGGAAGAGGCUAGAAGAAGAAGGUUGAUCAGAACUGUUGGAGACGUAGAAACAGUUGGGUUUCAGUCACCUUAUGCGGUUUCCCGGAAUCCACGGGGCUCAAGGCGCUAG